UGAUAACAGGCCCAGAGAUAGUGCAAGAGGAGGAAGUAGGAAGUAGGGUCGCAUCCUGCCUACGCCUCGAGAUAUGCGAUAUCCAGUGAAUUAUCCAUUGGUUCGCUGAACCUUCAUACUCAAAUAUUUGCAGCAGUCGGCCCUCCUUCAAGCAUACACCCUUCAGACCUUCUCAUCUCCGUGGCCGCGCGGGUUGUUGCUCCUUGCUCCUUGCUCCUUUUACCUACUCCCUAUCCAUCGCUCCUCUCCCCAGAGUUCUGGUGUACGCUCGUACUCCAAGGGUCCCUCCUACCGCCAGAUCCAGACUACUCGUGCGAGAGUUUAAUAUACAACACAGCCACUACUACUACUACUACUGCUACUACUACUACUACUACUGCUACUACUACUACUACUACCACCACCACCACUACUACAUUACUUCAACUACUCCCACCAACUUAACUAUUCACUGCCUGCUCUUUUUGCACACUUACACUUUCACCGUUAUCUCUUCCUCGAAGCCUUCACCUCGACUUCUUCUUGCUCAGCCUCGAUCCUAUUUCACCCGAGCAAAGUUCGGCGCUGCGCAUCGCAUCGUCUCGCUUCGAUCAGCGACUUCCCGUGCCUUGUGGUUGGUGUCAGGAGGCCUUGUCUCGUCCGUUUGCUCUCAGCCUACAUUGAAACUUGAUUCACAUAUACCCAAAAAAAGCGGACGUAUCAUUCGAAGCUUCUAUUAGUGUCUUUCCAGGCGCCCCAACAAAACCCAUUGGUCGCGCGAUCGAAAUGCCCAACAGUGUUUCCAGCUCAGAACGCUCUUCUUCUCCAAACUCAAACCAAAGCUGUUGCCUCGAACUGAAUGCUGUUGUGGUAGUCGAUCGGAUAAAUAAGGAACUUCUUUCGUCGCACCACCCACGCUUGCCUCCCUCGCCAGCUGACAGCAUGGCCAUUCCCGAUCUAAGUCCGUCAUCCAGUCAGUCGGAGCUGAACCGUAUCACAAGAAAAAUCGAACGAGGGGCUCCUGGAGAUGAGGCUAUAUUCGAUCAGAAUAAAAGUCCACAACAAAAGGAGUUGGCAAAACGUAAGAGUCAAUAUUAUGACGGCGCUUUUGCAUACAUUCGCGAGUCCGCUUCCUCUGCACGCGAGCGCAUAUCAAGAGAGUCUAUGAUAGUUGCCGACAUCAGGACCAAUGUGAUCGUGAGUAUAAUCAAUUCUCAACUUCAAUUUGACAUUCACUAAUUCCAUCUUAGGUUCAAGAUGAAUAUGCAUUCAUAACCGAAAUUUCUUAUAGCUUAUCCGCCCGUUAUCAGCGACCCGAGUCCUCAAUACUCGUUACGGUCGCGCAUUCAGCAUGUUUAUUAUUCGGCGGUUCCUUUGAUCCAGCAUAUACUAUGAGUAUCACGGCAUUGCCAUCCCAAGUCCAGCCAGUUACAAAUAAGAGAAACUCGGCUUUGAUUGCAAAGGCCAUGGAAGAUAGUCUGGGUGUGGCUCCUAACCGAGGAAUUAUCAAAUUUAUCCCUAUUUCCGAAGAGAACUUCUCCACCAACGGCAAGACAGUUGCAGGCGAGAUUGAGGAUUUGGAGAGAGAGACGGCCGAAGAGACCAGUAUUACCAGAGGAUUAUCGGUUCGAAAGAAUUCGAGAAGAAAGAGCACGAAGGAAUUGAAGAGAAGGAAGUCCAACGUUCAGCUUCCUACUCAUAAUGAGGAUUUGACACCACCUCUCAGCGCUUGCGAGACCAACCCAACAUCACCACCGCUUCCGAAGAUGCCUCCGAUCCCAUCCGAAAAGAGCUUUAAUGACAGAAAGGCUGAGAAGGUCCAAAGGAUGGGACGAAGAAAGAGCUUCAUCUCCACGAUUUUUGGGAAAUGAUGAGAUGUCUACAUCGGGUGUGCUGAAAUUAAAUACGAAGCGGGUUUGAGGCGCAGCUUUAGCCGAACUUUCCCUCCUUGCAUUAUUCUUUCCUUACCUAGCGUUGGGAGUUUUGAAUCGGGAGCGCGUCAACUAGGGGGGUUGGGCAACACAUACAUACAUGCAUACAUAGAGUGUACAGUUCGGG